AUGCUAAGUGCAGCAGAAGGCAUCCUCCUUUUUGUGGCAACUAGUGAAGCUGUGCUGGGAACUUUGGGGAACACAUUUGUUGCAUUUGUGAACUGCAUGGACUGUGCCAGGAACAAGAAGCUCUCUAAGAUUGGCUUCAUUCUCACUGGCUUGGCAACUUCCAGGAUUUGUCUCAUGUGGAUAAUAACUUUUGAUACAUAUGUAAAGUUAUUCUCUACACAUACACUUAGCUAUGGCAAGAUAUAUGAAUGCAUCAGUUACCUAUGGGUAACUAUGAAUCACCUGAGUAUCUGGUUUGCUGCCAGCCUCAGCAUCUUCUAUUUCCUGAAGAUAGCAAAUUUUUCUCACUGCGUAUUUACCUGGCUGAAGAGAAGAGCUGACAGUGUUUUUAUCACUAUGGUGGGAUGCUUUUUUGUCUCGUUGUUUAUUUCUAUCCCACAAAUUGUGAAGAUGAUUGAUGAUAUUAAAAUGCAAUACAGAAACAUCUCCUGGCAGGUUCACCUAGACACACCAGAAGCAAAGGAGUUACUUUUCAGUCAUGUCUUUUUUCAAUUUGGAAUUCUUUUCUUCUUUAUGGUAACUGUUAUUACAUGUCUCCUGUUAAUCAUUUCUCUUUGGAGACACAACAAGCAGAUGCAAGCUAAUGUCUUAGGAUUCCGAGACCUCAACACAGAAGCUCAUAUGAAAGCCAUGAAAGUUUUAAUUUCUUUUAUCGUCCUCUUUGUCUUGUAUUUUGUAGGUUUGCUCAUAGAAAUAUUAUGCUUUCUUUGGCCAAAUGGGAAACUGCUAUUAGUUCUUGGUGUGAUAAUUGUACUCAUGUACCCAUGCUGCCACUCAUUUAUUCUAAUUUUAGCCAACAACCAGCUGAAGAAAGUUUCCUUGAAGUUACUGCAGCAGUUAAAGCGCUGUGACAGUGGAGAGCUCAGGGACACACGACAGUGUGGCAUGGGAACGAAUGCCCUGGUAUAA